CACACACUGAGCCACCUCGCCUCAACACGGCAAAUUCCUCUGGUCUUGGUGCUGACUGGAGAAACUUUAAAAUCUUGUACACAAAUGGUUAUUUAAGAUAACUUUAGGAGGCAUUAGAAGACUGAAUUCCUGGUUCUAAGGAGACCAAGAUGUUUCUCCUUCCUACACUUCCUAUCGUAUUGUUUUUCCUGGGCAUCCAUGAAGUGAAAGCAGGAAAGUGCCCUAAAUUCUGCAUGUGUGACAGCAUUCAGCUAACAGUGGCUUGUGUUAAGAAAAAUCUGACUGAGAUUCCCCCCACCAUUGAUGAGAUCACAGUUAAGUUGGACCUGAGAGGCAAUAACAUACAAGAACUUCCUACAGGAGCAUUCAAACAUACACCAUACCUCACCCACUUAACUCUCCAAAGAACUGGCAUCCGCAAAAUACAAGAAGGAGCUUUCCGCACUCUUGGCCGUUUGGUCUUUCUCAACUUGGCUUACAAUGACAUUGAUAUUCUGUACCAAGAGUCAUUUGAUGGCCUCUCCUCCCUGAAGCAGCUCAGAAUUGACCACAACAGAAUAGAAGAGAUCCAGCCUGGAGCUUUCUCCCAGAUGGGUUUUCUUAUCCAACUCUCAGUCACUCACAACCAGCUGGUAUACAUACCGAAUAUGGCUUUUCAGGGCCUACAGAACAUCAAAUGGUUACGCCUCAGUCAUAAUGCACUGAAUUACAUUGACAUUGAAGCUUUUGCUGGCCUCUUCACUCUUACCCGUCUCAGCCUUGAUAACAACGAGCUCCAGUUUUUUCCCACCGAGACUAUGACAAGACUCCCUGAGGUGACACGCCUAGACUUGGGUUACAAUCCCAUGACCUAUCUUGGAGAGGAGGUAGUGUCUAUGGCCAAGCUUACGCACCUCUUUUUGGAUCACAACUCACUGCAGGAUUUCUCUGGUGCAGCUGUUUUGCGCUCGCCCAAGCUCACCCACCUUGAUCUCAGCCAUAACCAACUGCGCAUCUUGCAGCCUUUGGUACUCGGCUCUCCUAAGCUGACUCGUCUCAACUUGGCAGGCAACCCAAUUUACUGCAGCUGCUAUUUACGUCCACUGCGUGAGUGGGCAAUGCAGGAGCGGGUACAUCUUGGAGGAACUUGUAGUGGACCAGCCCACCUAUCUGAUGAAAGCCUGAGUGCAUUGCAACCUUCUGAUAUGCGCUGCCAAAGUCAUGAGAACAUGCGGAAAGCUGAACUAGAGGAACAGAACAGACUUCCACUACCACCAACAACCCCACCUGGCUACAAGGUCAAAUGCCCAGAGAACUGUGCUUGUGAAAGUGAAAACCAUCAUGCAUCCUGUGAGAAGCAGGGUCACACCAAAGUACCACGAGGCUUCUCUCCUGACACACGCUUACUGGAUUUACGUGACAAUCAUUUCCAUUACAUUGCUUCCAAUAGUUUUCCAGGCCUGACAGAGGUGAUUUCCAUUCAUCUUCAGCGCUGUAAAAUCCAUGAAGUGGAAGAUGGGGCCUUCAGUGGAUUGAAAGGUCUGGUCUAUCUCUAUCUUUCAGAGAAUGACCUUACAUCACUGAGCCCAAAUGUGUUCAAGGGUCUGCCUCAGCUCACCUACCUCCAUUUAGAAAAGAACCGAUUUAACCAGUUUCCCAAAGGUGCGUUUACACUUUUGCCUGGCUUGUUGACGCUACACUUGGAGAACAAUGCCAUCACUAAGCUUGAGACAGGAAUUCUGACAGGUGCUGAGAAACUGAGGAGUCUCUUUCUCACAAGUAAUGAAAUUACCAACAUUUCUCCAGGGGUCUUCAACCCAGCAUCUGACCUUGCUACUUUGCACUUAGGCAACAACAAACUUAAGCAAGUGCCAACUAAUGCGUUUUCAAUGACAAGUAGCUUGACAGAGCUUUAUUUGUCCCACAAUCCUAUUCGCUGGAUUGGAGCUAAAGCUUUUCUUCCAGUUGCAACCUCUUUGAAACAUCUUUACCUCAAUAACAUGAGUUUAGAAAAGAUGUCCAAGGAUUCACUUGCUGGCCUUGGGUCUGGACUACAGAGUCUUCUACUUGAGGGCAACCAGCUUGAGGAUGUGCCUGACUUUAGUCCACUUACAGGACUCGAAGUCAUUAAUCUAGCAGAGAAUCCACUACUGUGUGACUGUCCACUCUUACCUCUGCGCAACUGGUUAGAGAUGGUCAACUUGAAAGUGAGGGCCAAAUGUGGUUACCCACCUGAGCUCAAAGGCCAACGGGUUAAGGACGUUCAUGUUUUUAAGAGCUGUCCAGGACAGAAGCCUUCUCUUUCCCAGAAUCUGAAGCCCUCCAAAGCACCAAAGAGCACAAAACUCAAACCAGCCCUUGUAAAUACACCAACAGUCAUUAAAACAAAUAAUGCGAAGCCUAAACCACGCAAGAAUGCAAAAUCUCAAUUUGUACAGAAACCCAGUGUUAAGAAACAAAAGUCUGUGAUCACAAAACAUUUAUAAGAACAGAACUU